UGCGCGAGACCAUAGCAGCACUACACGCACAGCACCUUCAACAUGGCUGGGAAGAUUCAGACUCUUACCAUGGAGGAGAGGGAGCACAUCCUGCCCAUGAUGAGGAAUGCUCAGUGGGUGGAGGUGGUGGGGAGAGAUGCCAUUUACAAAGAGUUCCUCUUCAAAGACUUCAAUCAGGCUUUUGGGUUCAUGUCCAGAGUAGCACUACAGGCUGAGAAAAUGGAUCAUCAUCCCGAAUGGUUUAAUGUGUAUAACAAGGUUCAAAUCACCCUCAGUACUCAUGAAUGUGGAGGAAUCUCGCAGCGUGACAUCACCCUCGCAACCUUCAUAGAUCAGGCCUCUGUCUAUUGAAUGGAUCCUCUCUCUUGACAGCUUGCCAGUCAACCUCUCUAGCCUGUAAAACUGGAUCAGAAAUAUUGUAAAUCUUCAUGUAUCACAGUUAUCACCAUAUAAGUUUUGACUGUGUGUUGUCUGCCUGUUACACUUGAUCUUUUCCCGAUAAGUAUUAAUAGUACAUUCAAGACUAAUUUCAUCUUUUAAAUCAUUUCACUUUCACAGUACAUGAAUGAUCAGAGAAUUACUAGAACACCACAGAGACCGGUGAAACACUAUUACAUUACUGUAUUCUAUGGCUUAUAGUAUUUUUUUUUUUUAACUAAAUGUAUGGUGCCUUAAUUUGCAUUUGAUCCAAUGAUGAAAUGGUUAGUGCCUCAAUGAAUUAGAAUAAAUUGAAUGUUUUCAACUUUGGCAUGUGAAA